AUGCAAUCCUUUGUCAUCAUCUCCUUGGCCGCCCUUGUCGCCUACACCAUCGCCUGCACUUGCAAAACCAAGACUUUGGAGGAGAUGUACUGCGAGUCGGACUACGGUAAGUCCAGCCCACAAAUUUGAGACAAAAUUUUUGCUUAGUUGCUCGCGUCUUUAUCACUGGAUUCGGCCCUGGACCAAACGUCAACUACACUAAAUACACCUUCAUCACCGUCCGCAACUUCAAGAUCAACAACGACACCAAUGUGGAUCCAAUUUUGCCUGCGUACUUCGAAUUCAUCACCCCUUCCACUUCGGCCACCUGCGAAAUUCAGUGGCUCAGCGUAGGCCGCGAAUACGUCAUCAACAGUAGGUUUAGAAACAAGAGAAAUGUCGCAAGUCACAUUUCGAGUACCUCUGCCGUGAACCAAAAAAUAUAUAGAUAUUUAGUUUGCUGUAACACGGCCUUUUAACGAUAAGCCGUCUAAAUUUGGAAUUUCAGCGGAAGAAACCCCAGCCAACGCCCUGUACACCAACAUCUGCCUCCAAUUCCCUCUGACCAACCAGUCCAUCGAGUACACCGAUGCGUUGACUCAGAAGGUUCAGACCUUCUCUCAAGAUCCAACCAUCUGCCAGUAA